CGGCCUCUCCCUGCUGCGACUUUGUUAGGGAAAGGACGUUACUGCUAGCUUCUGUCGCUCAUAAAGAAGGUUUGUGAAAUUGCUCACCCCUCUCUCAGUGGUUCUAUCGCGUGCCUGGAAGAAGGAUUCCAGUACAAGCCCUUCGCCUUCCUACAACAGAGAUUUGCACUGGUCAAGUCCCCUGGAUUCACUUGAGAAGUCUUCUUGGCCCAAAAGACAAAUGAUUAGCACAGGCAGCCUUGCAUGGGUUUUGUGACUGCAACCCUAAUUUUUCCAGAAAUUAUCUGUAGAGUAAGUAUGCUAAUAUUGAAUAAAACAGCAGGAGUUUUUUCUAAGCCAUCAAGAAGGAAAACUUAUGAAUGUUUAAGAAGUUUUAAUUUUCAUCCGGAAAAACUAUUUCCUCAUAAACUAGUAUUGGGAAUUGAAACCAGUUGUGAUGAUACAGCAGCUGCUGUUGUGGAUGAAACUGGAAACGUUUUGGGAGAAGCAAUACAUUCCCAAACUGAAGUCCAUUUAAAAACAGGUGGGAUUGUUCCUCCAGUAGCUCAACAGCUUCAUAGAGAAAAUAUUCAACGAAUAGUGCAAGAAGCUCUCUCUACCAGUAAAGUGUCUCCAAGUGAACUCUCAGCAAUUGCAACUACCGUCAAACCAGGACUUGCUUUAAGCUUAGGAGUAGGCUUAUCAUUUAGCUUACAACUGGUAAACCAGUUAAAAAAACCCUUUAUUCCCAUUCAUCAUAUGGAGGCUCAUGCACUUACUAUUAGGUUGUUAAAUAAAGUAGAAUUUCCCUUUUUAGUUCUUUUGAUUUCUGGAGGUCAUUGUCUAUUGGCAUUAGUUAGAGGAGUUUCAGAUUUUCUGCUUCUGGGAAAGUCUUUGGACAUAGCACCAGGUGACAUGCUUGACAAGGUAGCAAGAAGACUUUCUUUGGUAAAACAUCCGGAGUGCUCCACCAUGAGUGGUGGGAAGGCUAUAGAACAUUUGGCCAAACAAGGAAAUACACUACACUUUGAUCUCAAACCUCCCAUGCAACGAGCUAAAAAUUGUGAUUUUUCUUUUACUGGACUUCAGCAUGUUAUUGAUAAGAUAAUAACACAAAAGGAAAAAGAGGAAGGAAUCCAGAAGGGGCAAAUCCUGUCUUCGGCUGCACACAUUGCUGCUGCAGUACAGCACACAACAGCAUGCCACAUUGCAAAAAGAACACAUCGUGCCAUUCUGUUUUGCAAGCAGAGAGAUUUGUUAUCUCAAAGUAAUCCAGUGCUGGUUGUAUCUGGAGGCGUUGCAAGUAACCUAUAUAUCCGAAAAGCUCUGGAAAUUGUAACAAAUGCAACACAAUGCACUUUGUUGUGUCCUCCUCCCAGACUGUGCACGGACAAUGGCAUUAUGAUUGCAUGGAAUGGUAUUGAAAGAUUGCGUGCUGGCUUGGGCAUUUUACACAACCCAGAAGGUGUCCGCUAUGAACCAAAAUGUCCUCUUGGAGUAGAUAUAUCAAAAGAAGUUGGAGAAGCUGCCAUAAAAGUACCACGGUUAAAAAUGAAGAUUUGAUUUUUGCUUCUCAGACAAUCCCUAAAGUAGGCACCACGCCCAGCAUGGAGCCCAGUGUGGAGCUCAGAC